AUGGCGCGAAGGUAUGUUCCGCCGUUGGCAAAGACCAAGCCAGAUACGGGCAAGGUCACGUUCACCGGGUUCCUGCUGUUCCUGGUCGUGAUGCUGAUCCCGCUUUCGGCGUUUGAGUGGGGCCGCGUUCCACUUGGUCCCAUGCAGGUUCACGCUUACUUGCUGGCUUCGGUCCCCAUCCUGCUCUACGUGCUAGUCGCCCGUCUAUCAGACUUUCCCACCGGUGCGCUAAUUUCGCUGGUGGUGUUUCUCACCAUGUACAUUUUCUCCGUGUUGGCGGGUGCUGCGAAAUACGUCGCGUACUACCAAGAGAUUUUGAAAAUCGGAGGUGGUGUAGCCACGGUUCUGGUCGGCGCGUUGUGUAUUCGCACGACUAAGGACUUCCGCCUCUCGGUGUUCGGCCUGACCAUUGGCGUGGUGAUGCUGAGCUUCAAGGGUUUCGCCAACAUGGAUAGCCACUCCGGCGUGAACCCCUUGGAGAUGUCUAACGAAAAUGGGUGGUCGCUAUACAGUCUUCCCCCGGUGUUGCUCGGCGGACUACUGGUGAUGGACAAGACCGUCGCCAAAUGGUUAAGGCUGGUCUUAGGAGUCAGCGUCGUCAUUAUCUCGGUGGCCAUUUUGACUUCGGCUAACCGUUCUGGUUGGCUGGGGCUUGGCGUCAUCGUCAUGCUGCUCAUGGUGCAAGGAAACUUCAUCCGAGCGGCCUUUAUUUUUGGCAUCUUGGGGAUAGCCAGCUUUGUCUUGCUGACCACCGUCUUUUCGACCGAACUUAUCGAGUCUCAAGUCGAGGUUACGGUGGAAGGUGAUACAACCGACCGGAUGCGUAUCACUCUGUUAAUGACCGCUGUGCUCCUCGGGAUUGAGAACCCGAUUCUCGGUGUCUCUCCGCAAGGCCUAUACUUCGAGCUUGCGCAAAGAGUCGGUGGACACGGCGGAUUUCUAGACCCACAUAACGUGGUGGCUCACUUAGUGGGCGGUACUGGGCUGGUAGCCAGUACGGCCUUCUUUCUGUUCGCGCUGUUACUGUGGCGGCGUGGAACUGGUGUGAAGAAGGACUUCUUCGGAAAUGAAUACGCCCGACUCGCGCAUCGCUAUUUAAAGCUGCUGAUGAUUCUCUGGAUCGUCCGUGGGCUGUUCUCUCGUGAAAUCUUGUAUAUGCCGGUCUUCGCAGCCGGUUUGGGGCUUUGCAUUGGUUGGUGUAUCAGCCAGAAGGUUUGGGUACCUGCAGCGAAACAAUUGAAGUCGAUGGUCACAGCGCCCCGCUUGAGCGCCCUCAGCGGUCUCCGCGUGGGUUUCGUCAGUGCCCGCUCAGGCUCGAUCAGCGAUGGUCUGUGGACCGAGGCUGGAGUAGGACGCCUGCUCGAUCAGUGGGCAGGCGAUUGCAAACAACUAACCGUUGCGCUCAGCCUCGCUCCUGGGAAACAACGCUGGCACGAUCAUCGGCUCGACGAAGACAAGCUCGAUUUCCUGCCGUUGCCAUGGUUACCCAGCAUCGCUCGAGGCUUCCACAAAGCCCCUCACUGCAAACGCGUGAUCCGACAGGUAGAAAAACAAAGCGAUGUUGUCAUUGUGCAACUCCCGUUCGCGGCGCCUUUCGCACUCAUCGGCCCGCAAGUGCCUCGGGUGUACCACGUGUGUGCCGACGUACGCCAGAUUGCUCACACCUCGCCGUGGUACCGCGGCCCGAAACGAAUGGUCGCGUUGACCGCAUCCAAUACGAUUGACCGACUGUACCGCCGGUUGCUUCAUGCCCCGCACACCGGCGUGGUGACGAACGGAGACGAUUUGCUUCGUGCUUAUCGGCUGGAACAAGGACGUUCGGUGGUCUCCUCGAGUUUACUUGCCUCCGAAGUGAUGAGCGUUCCGCGCUCGCGACCAGCAAAUGCACCCUUCAGGGUGCUCUUUGUGGGGUACUUGCGACAUGAGAAAGGAAUCGACACGCUCUUCGAAGCUUUCGAUCGCCUUCUCGAUCAUCGCCCCGAUGCUCAGUUGUGCUUUGUCGGCUCGCAGAAUAUGGAAGACCGUGGGAUGACCGAGGAUGUCGCAGAAUGGGUCCGUCGGUUGCAAGAACGCGGCACGGUCGAGUUCCUUGGGCACCGCGAGUUUGGUCCAGAGUUGUUCCAAUGCUUUGCCGAUGCCGAUGUCCUGGCGGUUCCAAGCCGGAGUGAAGGAACCCCACGCGUAUUGAUCGAAGCCCGCGCAUUCGGUUGCACCGUUGUGGCUAGCCGAGUUGGCGGAAUUCCAACCUCGGUCAGCGACGAAGUUGAUGGCCUCCUGGUACCGCCCGACGAUGCGGAUUCUCUGUCGACAGCUUUACUUCGCAUUGCCCAAGACGAAGAAUUCCGUGGCCGAUUGAUCGAAGCCGGAAUCAAACGCGCCCGCUCGACGACGAAGAAGCCGUCGCUUGUGCUCGUGCCGCAUGAUGCACGAAUCCUCCAACUCGAAGAAAUGAACGCCGCAACGCACAACACGCCCGCAGAACAGACUCAGCCGCUGGGAAUUGACCCGCCGGCCGAGCAUCUGGUUGCGGUGUGCCAGGCCGGGCGCAAGUCGUAUCCCGAACGAGUCCCGUUCGACCCGCCCGAGCAUUAUCCCGAAUUCGCGGGCACCGCACUGGCGGAUGCAACCGACCCGGAGAAUGCCGUCUAUGCCGCAGUUCGCGAGUCGCUGCGAUUGCUGGGGCUCGAUCAGGCUCGCUUCGGCAACUCCGACUGGAACCCCAUGGGCGCCGUAGUGCAGUCGGGCGACACCGUGCUGAUUAAGCCGAAUUGGGUCAGCCAGAAGCACGAACUCAACGAUUCGUGGCAGCAAAUCAUUACCCACGGUGCGGUGCUAAGAGCCGUAAUCGACUAUGUGCAACUAGCACUGCGUGGCAAUGGAUCGAUCUGCCUAGCAGACGGGCCGAUGCUGAAUUCCGACUUCGAUGAAAUCUGCCGCCGCACUGGUGCGGCAGGGCUCAAGAAGUUUUACUCCGGAAAAGAAGGGCUUUGCCCGGUUGAACUGAUCGACUUGAGAUCCAUCUUCUUCAAAACACAAGACGACGUCGUCGUUUCGAGAAGUCCCCUGCCUGGCGAUCCUCGUGGAGGAGUGGCUGUCGACUUGGGCUCACGCAGUGCACUGUAUCAAUUUCAAGGCGAGGGACGCUACUACGGUGCUGAUUACAACACGGCCGAAGUGAACGAACAUCAUCACGGGGACAAGCACGAGUACCAACUCAGCGGUUCGGCAAUGCAGGCCGAUGUGAUCAUCGAUGUCCCAAAGCUCAAGACUCAUCACAAGGUCGGGGUCACCCUCUCACUGAAGGGCGUCGUCGGGCUGAACACCAAUCGCAACUGGCUUCCCCACCGCACCCAGGGCACCCCACAACAAGGUGGCGAUCAAUUCGCAGAUUCCGGUUCGCUCCAACAACUGGAACAAACUGCGGUUCGCUGGUUUGAACAAGCCUCGCUUCGAUUUCCACGCGUCGUACCUACCCUGUACCGCUUUGCAAAGCGAGUGGGGCGCACGGUUUUCGGGGCCAGCCACAACACCGUGCGGGGAGGUGGUUGGCACGGCAACAACACCCUGUGGCGGAUGGUACACGACAUCAAUCGUGCCCUGCAGUACGCCGACGCCGACGGAAACGUACACGAUCGUCCACAACGACGGCGUUUCUGCGUGAUCGAUGGAAUCGUCGCCGGCGAGGGCACCGGUCCGGUUUUCGCUGAUCCUCGCUCAGCGGGCGUCAUCCUCGCAGGUAGUUGUGCAGCCGUCGUCGAUACGGUCGCAGCGGAGUUGAUUGGCUUCGAUCACACUCAUAUCCCCUCGCUCAAGCAAGCAUUCGAACCGCAUCCUCUGCCUCUAACGACCAUUUCAGCAAGCGGGAUCGAAGUCGUGAGCAACAAUGGCGAUUGGGCCGGUUCGCUCGACCAAAUGGCCGCCAGCAAGCCAUUCGUCUUCACUCCUCCGCUCGGCUGGGAAAAUCACAUCGAGCGCACGGAUACUUCCACUAGUGCAGCAACGGCCGCCGGGGGGCAUAACCUGGUUUCCAGUCGUUAUGGGGCCCGAUUGAUGCGGCUGCGCUACGGAGAGAUUUUCCGUCGCGAGUUGCCUCGUUUUGUUGAACGAGAAACGUGGUCUGCACAGCAGUGGCAGCAAUGGCAGAGUAAUCGCUUGCGGGCAUUGCUGCGUCGCGCUGUCGAACGGGUACCCUACUACCGGGAUUUGCACGCGCAUGGGGAAUUUCCUAUUGAAGGCGCGGCUCCAGGCGAUUUAACGCAGCUCCCACUGCUUGAGAAGGAUCCGCUUCGUCGGGCCCCUGAAGAUUUUCUGGCUGAUGAUUGCAAUCCAGCCCAGAUGUACGCUGAGCGCACCAGCGGAACCACGGGCAAACCGCUCAUGCUGUGGUGGUCGCCAGAGACACAUCAAACAUGGUACGCCUGCUUCGAACGCCGGGUUCGCAACUGGUCGGGGGUGAAGUUGGGCGACCGCUGGGCGACACUCGGUGGGCAACUGGUCGUCCCACAACAUCGGCAACGGCCGCCGUUUUGGGUUUGGAAUGCCAGUGGCUUGCAGCUCUAUAUGUCCUCGUAUCAUCUUCGCAGCGAUUUUCUCGACGCCUAUCUUGAUGAGUUAAAGCGGCGGGAGAUCGAAUACCUCUUCGGCUAUGCUUCCUCGCUCGAUGCCCUGGCUACCCAUGCUUUAGAGCGGGGCCGAACCGACAUCCAUUUCAAGGUGGCAAUUUCCAACGCCGAGCCCUUCUAUGCUCAUCAAAGGCGACGAAUCGAAAAAGCAUUUAGCUGCCCCACUCGAGAUACCUAUGCUCCGGCCGAGCUAACAAUUGCCGCUUUCGAAUGCGAAGCAGGGCGAAUGCACCUUUCACCCGAUGUGGGCAUCACCGAAGUGGUUGACGACGAAGGUCAUCUUUUGCCCCCUGGUGAAACUGGCCAUCUCGUCGUAACAAGCCUUCUGAACCCCGACCACAUUCUCAUUCGCUACCGUCAGGGCGAUCGUGGUGCACUUGCGGCUGGCGAGGAUUCGUGUCCCUGCGGACGAACCAUGCCCGUGCUGGAAUCGAUCGAAGGACGCUCCGACGACGUAUUAGUCACGGCCGACGGACGCAAGAUUGGCCGCCUCGACCCGAUCUUUAAGGACACCAUUCGCAUUCGUGAAGCACAAAUCAUUCAAGAGACGAUCGAUCGCGUGGUCGUUAAAGUGGUCGCAGCCGAGGGUUAUGACGAAAACGAUGGCCGCCUUUCUGAGUUGGGGGAGAAGCUGAUUGAUUUGGGAUGGGAAGUAGAAACCCUCACGGCUCUGCCGAACUAUCCUACGGGUAAAAUCUUCAAGGGUUAUUCCGUUUGGCGUACUCGUAUUGAAAAUAUUGGUCGUAUUCGUACGGCUCGCGUCCCUCUCUAUCCGGCGAAACGUGGCUUCGUGCGACGGCUCGUUUCUUAUUUCUCGUUCGCUUUCAGUGCGGCCAUCAACGGUAAACGGUUACUCCGCCGACCGAAUGUGAUGCUGGUUGAGUCUCCCCCAUUGUUCAUCGGCUACGCAGCUCGCUUCCUGGCUUGGCGUUGGAAGUGUCCCUAUGUCUUCAACGUGAGCGACCUCUAUCCAGAGACUGCCGUUCGCAUGGGCAUGCUAAAGGAAGGUACCGCACUGCGAAUGGCUGAACGGCUUGAGCAGUCGCUCUACAAACACGCUGCCGGAAUCACUGGCCAAUCGGACGAGAUUGUCGCCGGCGUUCGCAAACAUGUGCCUGAGAAGCCGACGGCCGUCAUCACCAACGGCGUAGACCUAAGCCGCUUCGGCAAGGACAAAGCAAACGAGGCAUCUCGCAAGCUACUGGGGGAAGAACCCGGACCAGUCUUCGUCUACGCGGGCUUGCUGGGUUUAGCACAGGGACUCGAACAGUUGCUCGAUUUGGCGUCGUCGGUGCCCGACGGUGUGCCAGGUCGAUUGGUUCUAGUUGGCGAGGGUCCCGCGCGAGAAAUGCUGCGAGAGCGGCUGGCGAACACCCCGAAUUCACGGGUCCGAAUUCUCGAUCCUCUGCCGUACGAUCAAAUCCCCGCGCUGCUGGCAACGGCCGAUGUGGCGGUGAUCAGCUUGGGAAUGUCGAUCCCUGGAGCCGUGCCAAGCAAGAUCUACGAAGCGAUGGCCUCGGGCUUGCCGAUUCUACUGCUUGCCGAAGGAGAGCCGGCCCGCCGUGUCGAAGCAGCAGGCUGCGGCCUGACGGUGAAACCGGGUGAUCUUCAAGCGGCAAUCGAAGCCUACAAACGCCUUGCGACGGACGAAGACCUGAGACGACGACUCGGAGAAUCGGGGCGGGAGACCGCAAGCACGCAGUACGAUCGACGACAGAUCGAGUAUCAUCGUCGCGAGCGCGAGAUCGGUUCGGAUUUCUACUCGCUGCAAAAGCCUAGCAACCUGUUCGUGCGACACGGCCAGGAGCGGGCUCUGCUGCGGGCGCUCACACGAGGCGGAUGCUUACCGUUGGAAAACAAACGCAUCCUUGAAGUGGGCUGUGGACGGGGACAGUGGUUUGCAACGUUUGAAACCCUGGGGGCCUGUCGCGAAAAUCUCUGUGGAAUCGAACUCGAUGCCGAACGGGCUGCCGCCUGUGCCGAAAGGUUUCCUCGCACCGAUAUUCGCAUUGGCGACGCAACGGAACUGCCCUGGGAAGACGGAACUUUUGAUCUUGUGUUUCAAAGCACAGUAUUCACCUCUGUGCUGGACGACGAGGUUAAAGUUAAGCUGGCCGAGGAGAUGCUUCGGGUCGUCAAACCCGAGGGCACUCUGCUGUGGUACGACUUCCACUACAAUAACCCCCGCAACGCCAACGUACGUGGAAUCGGUCGAGACGAAAUCGCUCGACUAUUCCCCAACUGUUCGAUCUGGCUACGGAAGGCCACACUCGCACCACCCAUCGUCCGGAAAGUCGUUCCGUUUUCCUGGCCUAACUUUGUCAAAAUAGGGCCGGUGCUGCGCGGACUUGAAACCGAGUUACCUGAAGUGCAGCGGUCGUUGAUUCACACCGGUCAACAUUACGACCGUGAAAUGAGCGACCUGUUUUUCUCCGAGCUGAACCUCCCGAAGCCCGACGUGCAUUUGAAAGUAGGUUCGGGAACGCACGGGCAACAGACCGCAAAGAUUUUGCAAGGUUUCGAGACAUGGUUGCUCAAAGCGAAACCCCGCCCUACGGCAACCGUGGUUGUAGGUGACGUAAAUUCAACUGUCGCAUGCGCAUUGGCUGCAGCUAAGCUCCACAUUCCGGUUAUCCAUGUAGAAGCGGGUCUUCGCAGUUUCGACCGAAGAAUGCCGGAAGAAAUCAAUCGCGUGGUGACCGACGCCCUCUCAUCUUUGCUACUAGCCAGCGAACCGGCCGGCGUGGAAAACCUCAGGAACGAAGGGCAACCUGCCGACCGGAUCCACCUCGUCGGCAACGUGAUGAUCGACGUGGUUAGAGCCAACCUCCAACGGGCGAGAAGCCUUAGGUUUGCUGAGAAGCUUGAAAUGACGCCCGGUGAGUACGGCGUUGUUACGCUUCAUCGACCGGCAAAUGUAGACGACCCCGCUGUAUUGCACAGUUUGUGCGGCAUGUUGAAACGGCUGGCCGACAAGCUCCCGAUCGUGUUCCCCGUGCACCCUCGCACACGAGCACGACUUGAAGCUGCCGAGUUGUGGGAUGCCUUAAAUGCAACACCCGGGAUUACGGUAACUGGACCCCUUGGUUACUUGGAGUUUCUCGGGCUCAGCUCGCAAGCCAAGAUCGUGAUUACGGACUCUGGUGGGCUUCAAGAAGAAACAACCGCCCUGCAGAUCCCAUGCUUGACCAUGCGAAAACACACCGACCGCCCAAUAACGGUCACCGAAGGUACGAGCACGUUAGUGGGGCGUGACUUCGAAUUGCUCGAACGCUUGUUCGAAGACGUGCUCGAGGACCGUUACAAGCAGGGCCGCUGCCCGGAAUUGUGGGAUGGUGCAGCAGGGCAAAGAAUCGCAACAGAAAUUGGUGCAUUCCUCAACCAGAUCGAAUAG